UGCUUCGGUCUUAAAUCUUCUUCCCCAACUCAACCAAACUUCCUUCCUAUACAACAAAUCGCCACCUGACUUUUGUAUUAUAACCUCAAUACUUCGAUCUCACGAUCGAGUGUCAUCGGGUGCCUAUUGUUCCUACUUCGUUUUGAUGGGACCGAGUCGACUGCGUGUAAUUCCACCUCGCCCUCUUGACGAUGUAGAUACCGGUAUUACUACCGAAGAUACCGACUCCCAACGCUCUCAACACCGCAAAACUCAGUCACCGCCAGAAGGUAACAAUCCUCUGGCAUCCGGACAUUCUCACCACGACGCUCCCGAUGAGUAUAACGACACUGAAAGCGUAGAUACCGUUAUUUAUGAUGGUGAUUCUACUCAAGAACGCUCACUUGCCGGCGCGUCGGUAAAUCGCCGGCGUCGGGGUAUUUCCGACGAUAGCGAUGAUGAAGAUGACGGCGACCAUGACCUGGCGGAAUCCUCUAGUGAGAAGCCAGUAACAUGGCGCUCAUUGCCGAAAAAGGGCCAGCUUGCCAUCCUGACCUUUGCACGUCUGUCGGAGCCAUUGGCCCAGACGUCUUUGCAGGCAUAUCUGUUCUACCAGCUUCGAUCUUUUGAUCCCUCGCUUCCCGACUCAACUAUCUCGGCACAAGCAGGCGUCUUGCAAGGUAGCUUUACCGCUGCACAAUUUGUGACUGCCGUUUGGUGGGGUCGACUGGCGGAUACUGAGUGGAUGGGCAGGAAACGGGUUCUCAUCAUUGGGCUGUUGGGAACAUGUAUCUCGUCCCUCGGGUUCGGAUUUUCGAGAUCGUUUGCUUCCGCGGUAGUGUUCCGAAUUCUAGGCGGUAUUCUGAAUAGCAAUGUCGGAGUGAUGAGGACGAUGAUUGCCGAGAUUAUUCACGAGAAGAAGUUUCAGUCUCGGGCAUUUCUUCUGCUACCGAUGUGUUUUAACAUCGGAGUUAUCAUCGGGCCUGUAUUAGGAGGCAUGCUGGCUGAUCCUGUGAGGAACUAUCCGGAUCUGUUCGGACCUGGAUCGUUGUUAGGAGGCAAAGAUGGUGUGGGUUGGAUGAUGCAUUGGCCAUAUGCACUACCGAACCUGCUCAGUGCCGCAUUCAUUCUCGCUUCUUUAUUGGCUGUAAUCCUCGGAUUAGACGAGACCCAUGAGGUUACUCGUUACCGAAGCGAUUGGGGCCGGAAGCUAGGCAAAAGUCUUGCCAAUACUUUCUCUCGCCGUCGGAUCCCGCAGUAUUACCGUCCCCUUAUCAGUCAUGAGGACGAUGAAUCUCUAUACGUUGAUGGAAGCGUAGCCAACAGAUCAGCACCCCCCAGCCCAGCUCGCUCACGCGUUCGACCUCGUGGUGAUCGUCCCAGCUUUCGUCAGAUUUGGACGCCCAAUGUGUUGCUUACUUUGCUGGUGCAUUUCUUAUUAGCAUUCCACACCAGCGCCUGCAACUCUAUGACUUUCGUGUUCUUGCCUGCCCCGCUGGCUCCGGAAGGUAGCCGAGACGGUCUCUUCCAUUUUGGCGGUGGUCUGGGAUUGCCAUCCUCUCGAGUUGGUCUUGCCACUGCUAUUAUUGGGUUCAUCGGCCUCCCGCUGCAGAUCUUCAUCUAUCCUCGAGUUCAGUCCCGUCUGGGGACCUUGACUUCUUUCCGCACGUUUCUGCCAUUCUCACCUUUGGCCUAUGCGCUCAUGCCGUUUAUCGUCCUGAUACCACGAUACCCGUGGCUGGUUUGGCCUGCAUUUACGGUUGUUGUAGGGUUGCAGGUGGUCUCACGAACGUUUGCCCUCCCGGCUGCGAUCAUCCUUGUGAAUAAUAGCGUUACGGACCCGCGCGUUCUAGGAACCGUCCAUGGCGUGGCGCAGAGCAUCGCAAGCGGCGCGCGCACCCUUGGCCCUUUGAUUGGAGGAUGGGGCUUAGGACUGGGACUCAAGUACAACAUGGUGGGCGGCAUAUGGUGGGCCCUGGCGGUGGAGGCCAUAGUAGGCUGGUUCUUGCUUUGGUCGAUUUAUGAGGAUAAUGGGAUUGAGCAGAAGAAGGAUCAAACCGAAGAAGAGGACACCUAGUGAGAUGUUAUGUACAUAGCAGAUGACAUAAGAUCUGGGCAGCAUGGUCUGUCGCGGGCUUAUGAGUCUACAAGAUACGCAUACAAAUA